GCGGGUCAGUCUACGAGUAGCCAGGCCACAAUGUCGACAGUUCUCCAUGCCGUCCUCCGGGGCGUCGCAUAGCAGCGGUCCGAACUCCUCCAGCGCCGGCUUGCUUGCGCCCUUCACCAGCGAGCUCGACAAGAUCGCCCCGUCUUUCAGGAUCAACGGCUCCCAAGUUCGCGUUUUACAAACACCGACCGAGUUCUACGAGACCCUCAAGGACAAGAUCCGCAAGGCAGAGAAGCGCAUCUUCCUCUCGACCCUCUACAUUGGCAAGUCGGAGAAGGAAUUGAUUGCGACCCUCCAAGAAGCCCUUCGCGCGAAACCCCAUCUCAAGCUCAGCAUCCUCACUGAUGCCUUGCGCGGUACCCGUGAAGCUCCCAACCCAUCGUGCGCUUCCCUUCUGGCGCCCCUGAUCUCCGAGUUCGGCUCUGAUCGUGUCGAAAUCCGCAUGUUCCACACGCCAAAUCUCACCGGACUCAGAAAGAAGCACAUCCCCAAGAGGAUAAAUGAAGGAUGGGGACUACAGCAUAUGAAGUUGUACGGCAUCGACGAUGAGAUCAUCCUCUCUGGCGCCAACCUCUCAAGCGACUACUUCUCGGAUAGGCAGGAUCGGUAUCAUGUCUACUCGAGCAGGGACAUCACCGAGUACUUCUCGAACCUCCAAACGGCCGUUUCAUCGCUGAGCUUCCUCGUCAAGCCGUCUCCCGAACCGGCCGGCUUCGAACUAGUAUGGCCAGAAGAUAACUCAGCCAUCUCCCCCCUCGAUAACCCGAAGAAGUUCAUCGCCGAGUCGACCGCGCUCCUAUCUGGCCUCAUCUCGCCAAAGACAGCGCCACGGACUGCACUCGACAACACACCAGCCGAGAAACGCGACACAUCAGUCUACAUGCUCGCGCAAUUCUCCCAGCUUCUAUCUCCCGAUACCUCAACCGAGCUUCCCGCUGUCAGCCAUGUAUUGCGGACUCUAGCGGCACCAGAAUACGCCAACUCGUCCUGGGCCUUCACAGCCGGCUACUUCAACCCUGCGCCUUCCCUGACCAAGCUCCUCCUGGGCACCGCUUCAACGAACAACGUCGUCAUCACCGCCUCGCCCUUUGCCAACGGUUUCUACAAGUCCCCCGGCGUCUCCGGUCUCCUUCCCGACGCCUACACCCUCUUGGCGCGUCGCUUCGUCCGCGCCGUGCACGAAUCCAAGCACCGGGGCACCACGGUGCUGAAAGAAUGGAGGAAAGGCACGGUUGGCGAGCCCGGGGGGUGGACGUACCAUGCCAAAGGUCUUUGGGUCACCAUGCCUAAGAGCGAGAACCCUAGCAUUAGCCUGAUUGGCAGCUCCAACUACACCAAGAGGAGUAACUCCCUCGAUCUGGAGGCUAAUGCGCUCAUUGUGACGGAGAAUGAGGACCUGAAGAAGAGGCUGGGCGAGGAGCAGAGGUGGUUGCAGGAUAAUGCGACAGUGGUGACGCGGGAGGAUUUUGCAAAGACGGAAAGGAGGGUGGGGCUUAAGGUGAGGAUUGCGAUGAUGAUUGUGCAGCUUGUUGGUGGAGCGCUUUGAAGACCGACCUUUCUAGGAAGGUCGAAGUUACAGUGUGGUUCUGGUUGACAUGUAUGAUGAGAUCAAAUAUAUACCCCUAUACAAUGUAUCAUUAGCGAGGGUUUGAUAGACUUGAUCUAGGCGAUGGAAUUGCGCCAGUCCAUCCAAUCCUACCUAGGUUUU